AUGCCCAAAAUACCAAACGAUACAGGUAAGUAUGCCAGUAAUUUUGUGAGGGAACUCUCAUCAGGUGCUAGUCCCAAACUCCAUGCAGAAGUUAUGGCCGGAAACAAUACGACAAGAGAAUGCCCGAGUAUCAUGGAAAUCUUUUUGCCACCUUUCUUUAUGCUGAUUUCAUGUUCAUUGGGUGUUUGUAUAUUGUUGCUUUGCCGGUUCGAAAAAUUUGUCAAACGGUUGAGAUCCCAACACCAUAUUACCAAUAAAGAUUUCGAGGUUUACCACAUUGAAACUUUCUCAGGCCAACAAGCAUUAGACCCAUCCAAAUAUAGAAACAAUAAUUCCAAUUGCUCAUUCCUUUCAAAGUUUGAUCUGGAGGUGCUGAAAGUUCUUCAAACCUUUCCUAAUAAAGCUUCAGAGUUACUUAAGAUAGGCCUUCCAGCCUUAGUAACCAUAUGUUUAGGACCCUUUGCUAUGUUUUUCUAUCAUUCUACAACAGAAUUCUUUUGGCCAGAAAACAAGUAUGCUCAGCUCCCAAACAAUAACCAGUGUGUUUCCUGCUUUCUUACUCCUGCCGGACUUGUCUACGCUAUCUCGUUUGGUUUUGCCUUUUCUUCAGCCCUUGCUAAGCAGAGUGAUAUUUUAACAAAGGUCACAGAAGAAAUCAGCUUUAUUGACCAAGCAGCUACUUUGACGAGUAAGCUGAAGUUAGCAAACAAUAAAAUCAGGAUGGGAAUUUACCAUGCUAUCAAAUGUGAAGCGAUCUACAUGAUACUGCAGAUUGAAAAUAGGAAGGCGUCUUCAUUUGUCAACAAGCCAACUGUUGAUGUUAAAGUUGCAAUAUGGGAAGUUCUCAGUCUACUUCAAAAUCAAAAUCAUCCAAGUGACCACCAUGUAGAUGACGUCAUGAAAAAAUACCUAAUAGAUUAUAUAUCCAGACUCAACAAUAUAUGUUCGGAUGACCUCAGUGUUUUACAUUCAAUGACUCACUGGUUAAUGUGGGUGUUCUUGAUCACUCUGGGAUUCUUCUCUCUUUAUGGUGUGUUACUGAUCCAAGCGUCAUCCUAUCGUAUGGAGCUCAUGAUGUGCACUUUGACACUUUUUUCCAUUAGCAUGCUUUGUUACAUCGUCUCCGAUCUAGACUCUCCAUUUUCCGGUUUCUUCCGUAUCGACAUUUCUAUCAUUGUUGACGUCAUAUACAGGUUAGAGGUCAUGCACAAGAUGGCGUCUCUUGGAUUUGAGGAGACUGUAUGCUAUCCCGACAGUUCACGUUUUCAACAGAAGAGAUAUAACAAUGAGGAGAAAGUGAAUGACCCUACCGUGUACAUUAAGUCGGUGUGUUAAAAGAAAUCUAAAGUC